GAUGCAAAGCCACCCCAUACACUGCUUCCCACUAUAGUCAAAGUGUGCCUGCACAUUAUUACGUAAGUGCUUAGAGGGAUAAGAGGAGGACAGGAUGGCCAACUCAGCAUUGGAGAUAGUGGGCCUAUUAUUGACCCUGAUUGGGUUGAUUGGGGCAGCAGCAAGCACCGGGAUGCCAAUGUGGCGAGUCACAGCCUUCAUCGGGGAGAACAUCAUUGUGUUUGAAACCCGUUACGAGGGGCUGUGGAUGAACUGCUUUCGACAGGCCAACAUCAGAAUGCAGUGCAAGGUGUACGACUCACUCCUGGCCCUGCCCCCUGAUCUACAGGCAGCACGGGGGCUCAUGUGCUGCGCUCUGGCGCUGGCUGGCCUUGGUAUUCUGAUCAGUUUACUGGGGAUGCAGUGCACCUCAUGCAUUGGAAACAACAGCCGAGCUAAGCGGCUGGUCCUCAUCAUUGCAGGAAGCAUGAUAAUAUUGGCCUGCAUCUGCUGUGUUAUUCCAGUGUCCUGGACAGGUCACGUCAUCAUCAGGGACUUCUACAACCCCUUGCUGAUCGACGCCCAACGAAGGGAGCUCGGAGAAGCUCUCUACAUCGGCUGGGUGGCCUCUGCAUUCUUGUUGGCUGGAGGAUGCACGUUUAUGUGUUGCAAUCUGCAGUCUGAGGAUAAAGGUUCAGAGAGAUAUGUGUACUCAAGGACCUCCGAUUACAUGGCAUAUCCUCCACAGCAACUACAGCCUCGACAGCUGGUGAUGAUUCCCCAAACACAACCUCAAUUUCAGCCAGUGCUGUCAAGACACCCAUCAACCAACUACAGCUACCAGUCCAGACAGCCCUCUGUACGCAGCGGAGUGGCUUAUCUCUGAACACUUCAACUCACUUAGAAAAUGAUGAUCACCGUUAUGGUCAACAUGCAGUGCAAUCUAAGACACAUUUCAAAUGUCGAAAGGUAAAAACAACACAUUUCAAUAAAUAAAUGUCCUAUGAAUGCAAAUGAAUCUGAUUAAUAUGGAUGUGUUGUCUUUUCAUACACUUGUGGAGUACCCAAUAUCUUGUUACUAGUUAUUAGCCUGUAGCAUAAUUAUAACCCUGACUUUCUAAAAGCAUGAUUACCAUUGCUUUUUUGUGUUGUAUAAUGUACAAUCAAAUUUUAUUCUGACAGCUUUAUUUUUGUAUAUCAUGUUACCAAUUUUGUACAUGUAUGCUAUAACACUUCAUGCAAGCUUUAACCAACGAGUAAUGUGAGAGAUGUGUAUUUGUGUUUACUGUUAAAAUGCUAGAUGUUGUCGUCACAUACAACCAAGCUAUGCAGUUAUAAAGACCGUUUAUAUUUUUCAGAUAUUGCAGUCUAUCUUUCUUUAACAUUAGCUGUACCUGAGCUGUGUAUUCAAAUUAAAUGUCAUGGGCACCAUAACCCCACUUAGCAUUGUCCUCAUAUUACUCUGCUCAAUUUUGACCUGUUUUAACCUGUAUUAGACACAUCAUCAGGUGGUUAGAGGUACAGUAAAUGCUAUAUGAGUGACUGACUGGAUGAGAAUUACACAUUUGUGUCUGUAGUGUUAAUAACUCCAAACGUAUGUGUUCCUCUUUAAAUUGGACAAUCUUUGUU